CUGAACUCAGUUCUCGUCAUCUUCUUCGUUUUCCCUUUCCUCUCCUCCACGAAACAACAAGCUACUACCUCUCUCUCUACCUGUUAUCUCUCUAGAAGUAUCAGUGACGCUAACAGUAAGACGCUGCCCUCUCCUCCUAUCCUCGCGUUACUUCUGCGUCGCGUGCCUGCGCGAGCGCCUCCACAGUCUCGAGGCAUCCGCCGCCGCCGCCUCCGCACCGGGGCGCAAGUCCACAUCGGCCAUCUGGUCCCUGAUGUGUUGCGAAACGCGGCAGAUCUUGGGGCUACUUUGGAGGUCAAACUCAAACCUGUUGCGGUGUCGGUGAAUCCAAGGAAACGCCUAGGACGGGUUGCUUGCAGAUUGCAAGCACGAUAUGCGACCGACUGAUUCCCUCCCCGUGUUUCUGCUGAAUUCUAAAGUACUUGCGUUGUGCCAUAGCCAUAGCCCGAGCCCUGAACUCUGACCUGCUUAGCUGACUCCCAUGAUUAUAUUCCAGCGUUCCUUCUUCUCUUGAUGGGACAACAUGCAGAAAUAUGUCAUGUAAAUGGAAGACCCAUAUGGUUGGCUCUUGCAGAGUUGCGGGUCCAAUUUAAUUUGUUGCUUUGCUGUUGUACGAAAUUAUGCAGUUAUUAAUAAUGGAGUGAUUAAGUGUAUACUUUAUGAUCAUGUAUGCCAGCUCCUUAUUUGAGUUGUUACAUAUAGAUCCCUACAACACCAAUUAUAGUUGGGGAAGGUGAACCUCCUCCCUCUUGGGAUCCGGUACCAACUCCAAAAGUUCUACAAUGAGUAUGUCAUUGCGAGAUCAUAUUAGAAAGAGGAGGGAAGAAGAAGAUGAUGACAUGAUUGUUUAUUUUCCCUGUCUUAUAUCUGAUGGGUUCAACUAGAAGUGGGGGACAAAAGAAGAAACACCAUACAUCAGAUGAGACAUGCGAGGUUAAGGUUCGAAGACUCCUUGAGGGACAUGUCAAGAACUGUCAAGUUACAUUUAGGAUGGAACCACACAUCUUUAGAGAGCUGGCAACUUAUCUUAGAAGGAGAAGAAUCAUCGUUGAUACAAGGAUCACGGUCGAGGAGAAGUUGGGGUUCUUCUUAUACAUGCUAAGUCACAAUGCCUCAUAUCAAGAUCUUCAAGUGUACUUUGGGCAUAGUAAUGAUACCUUCCAUCAUCACAUCAACCACUUCUUUACGAAGGUCAUUCCUAUCCUCUCUCGUCGUUUCAUUCAACCUUCUGAUCCUAGUCAAGUGCAUCAAAAAAUUCAAGAUAAUCCUAUAUUCUAUCCAUUCUUCAAGAAUUGUCUCGGUGCUAUUGAUGGAACUCAUAUUCCUAUUUCCAUAUCUCCUAAGAAAAUAUGAUGGGCAAAUACCUAGAAAUGAGGAGCAAGCAGGUAGAAUAUGAAUCUACAAGAGAAAAGGAAGCAAGAGAAAAGGAGGCAAGAGAAAUGGAGGUAACUCAAAGUGAUGAUUUCUCCAUCAAAAGGUGCAUAUCAGUUAUGAACACAAUAGAAGAAGUGACCAAAUUGGAGAAGGCAAAAGCAUAUUCAAUCUUCGCCAAGAGCAAAGAGAAUAGAGAAACUUUCAUAUGUGCUUGUGAAGCAGAUCAAAAAUCAGCUUUGAUUUGGCUAAGAAAUGAGAUGCCCUAGCAGCUUUGAUAUGGAUAUUAUUUGGAAGUCAAACAUGUGUUAAUGUGAGUUGCUGUCAAACAAGUGAAUUGCUAAUGUGUAUUGUCGAGUAUUGGGAAGUCAAACUUUGAUGUCUUAGCAGCUUUGAAUUGCUGUUCUUAGCAGCUAUGUUAUGUCUUAGCAACUUUGUUAUGUGUAUUGUCAAGUAUUGGGAAGACAACUCCGUAUGUGUGACCAUUGUUAUUAUUGUAUUUGCUUAUAUAGCUGAUUACUUAUAU